GGAAAAAACAAAAGAAAGAGAGAGAAAAAUAAAAGGACCAGAUAAAUUCGGAAAUUUCUCCUCUGGUUGAGAGCGAAAUCCGCAAAGCUAUAAGAAAUUACCUUCCAAAAAUAUUCAACGGCAGAGACUUGGUCUUGGCCAUUUUUAUACGUGGCAGUAAAACAGAAGACCUCAUUUCACAUACAUCCACGUCGCUAUUUGUCCUCUCAAAAGAACCGCUAUGUCAACUUCCAAAGUUUAAAACGCUCUCUUAUAUAUAUCUUCAUGUUUUACUCUCACCCUUCUGUAAUUCGAAAAACUGAAAAUUACCAAACUGAAAACUGGAAAGUAGUCUUAAUAAUAAUCAAUAAGUAUAAAAAAUGGGGAAGAGGACAGCAUUAUUUGUAGUGUUGGUGGCGGGGAUGUUGGCCGUGAGCUGGUGUUGGGGAGAGGAAGCGGCGGAGAUUGCGAAGGAGAAAGCAAAUAUGGCGGCGGGAGAGAUGAAUAACAAAGCUCAACAGGUUAAGCAAAGUUCUUCUAAAGCCAUGGACGAUGCUAAAGAGAAGACUGGCUCUUGGGCUGAUUGGGUCGCUGGCAAAUUCUCACAGUAUCAAGACGAUGCAAAGGACGAAGCCCAAGGGUUAAUGGAUAAAGCUAAGGAUACCAUGGAUAAAGCUAAGGAUACCGCAUCAAAUGCAAGAGAUUCCAUAAAUACUGCAGCACAUGGAACACAAAAGUAUGGUUCUCAAAAGGCUAGUGAGAUGGCUAACAUGGCAUCCGACAAAUUUGGUGAUGCUAAACAUCUUGCUUCCGAGAAGGCCAAUCAAGCUAUGGAUGCAGCUGGAGAUACCGCUAGUCAUGCCAGUGAAAGAGGAAAAGAAAAUGCAUAUGACGCUUAUGCCUAUGCAUCGGAGAAAACUGGUAAAGCCACAAACAUGGCUACCGAUUUUGCCAAAGAUAAAGCUCAUGAUGCUUAUUCCUCCGCAUCUGAUAAGGCAGGUCGAGCCACUAACAUUGCUUCUGAUAUGGCUGCUGACGCCAAAGAAAGAGCCAAAUAUAAAGCUUAUGAUGCCAAUGAUUUUGCCAAAGAGAAAGCUCAUGAUGUUUAUGCCUCCGCAUCUGAGAAGGCAGGUCGAGCCACUAACAUUGCUUCAGAUAUGGCUGCUGACGCCAAGGAAAGAAUUAAAGAUAAAGCUUAUGAUGCCCAUGAUUUUGCCAAAGAGAAAGCUCAGGAUGUUUAUGCCUCCACAUCGGAUAAGGCAGGUCGAGCCACAAACAUUGCUUCAGAGAUGGCCGCUAACGCCAAAGAAAGAGCCAAAGAUAAAGCUUAUGAUGCCAAAGAUUUUGCCAAAGAGAAAGCUUAUGAUGCCAAAGAUUUUGCAAAAGAGAAAGCUCAUGAUGCUUAUGCCUCGGCAUUGGAUAAGGCAGGUCGAGCCACAGACGUUGCUUCAGAUAUGGCCGCAAGCGCUAAAGAAAGAGCCAAAGAUAAAGCUCAUGAUGCCAAAGAUUUUGCCAAAGAGAAAGCUCAUGACGCUUAUGCCACCGCAUCUGAUAAGGCAAGUCGAGCCACAAACAUUGCUUCAGACAUGGCUGCAGACGCAGAAGAAAGAGCCAAACAUAAGGCUUAUGAGGCCAAUAAUUUUGCCUCUAAGAAGGCGCACGAUGCAGUAAAUUCAGCUUCCGAAAUGGGUAGUGCAGCUAAAGAGAAGUUUAAGGAUAAAGCUUAUGAUGCCUAUGGUUUUGGAAAUAACAAAGCAGGUCAAGCCAUGGAAAAGGCUUCAGACAUGGCCGGUGAUGCCAAAGAAAUUGGGAAAGACAAAGCUUAUGAUGCUUAUGGAUAUGCAUAUGACAAGAUGGACCAAGCAAGGGACGGGGCUUCUAACAUUGCUGGUAAUUCAAAAGACACGAUGAAAGCCAAAGCAUCCGAUGCAUAUGAUUUUGCCUCCGGUAAAGCGGAUCAAACCAUACGAAUGGCUACUGAUAGAGCCAACGAUCCGAAAGAGAAAGCAUUUGAUGGAUAUGAGGGUGCGAAAUCAAAGGCUUAUGAAACUUAUAGCUCUGCUAAGCAUAACAUGAAUGAACAAGUCAAAGAUAAGUAUGAAACUGCAAAGGAGAAGGCUUCGGAAGCUACAGGCAAAGUUGGAGCAAAGAUGAGAAGUGGCGGUAAAGAAUUAUGAGCAAUUUAGUACAAUUAACAGCCCCUGAAACUAAAGGAAAUCUCACAUGCAAAGAGGUUCCUAUUAGGUGAGUGGCUUAGAUUUCACUAUUAUUUUCUUCUUUUUUCUUUUUUGGUUACCUAUUAUUUUUGUAGGACAGAUGAAAUUCUUGACCAACUCAAUUCCGUAUGGUCAUCGCGUAGGUUAUACUUACUUAAUAAAGAGAAUAUGUCAUUGCAAAAGUGAACACGCAUGCUAACAAAGCUGAAAAAGUUUUUGUACCAAAUGUAAAAACUUAGUACGUGUUGAAAAUGCUAUUACUAUCGUUGAAUUUCAUUA